AUAAUAAUACGGAACAUGUCCACUGCGUACAUGCGCAAAGUAAAAUUUGGAGAUGCACUUAUGACUAGUGAAACGUAUAGGACGUGUCCGAAGUACAGUCGAAAUUUUCGUCGGCAGCUAAGACACUCGCGAAUUUCUAUUUUUAUCGUUCCAAUCGCCGUCGUUGAAAGUGCGAUAGUUCGAUACGCCGAUCGCGAGACCGCGGCAUCAGCAACGGCGGUAAAAUUAUUGUGCAACAAUAUCGACCAUGCUGGGGCGGGGGAGGAGGGAUGGCCACUUACGAGCAAUCGGCACGGGAGAAUCGUCGAGCGGAAUUUUAGAACAACGGCCGGGUUUCCCGUAGGUAGAAUUCACAGGCAUUUGAAAAACAGAACUACCAGUCAUGGUCGAGUAGGCGCUACUGCGGCGGUCUACAGCGCGGCCAUUUUGGAAUACCUCACGGCCGAGGUGUUGGAGUUGGCGGGAAAUGCAUCGAAGGAUCUGAAAGUCAAACGUAUUACACCUAGACAUUUGCAACUCGCGAUACGUGGUGACGAAGAAUUAGAUAGUCUUAUUAAGGCAACUAUUGCUGGAGGAGGUGUCAUUCCACAUAUCCACAAAUCGCUUAUCGGCAAGAAAGGUUCGCAGAAACCAGCAUAAUUUAGCGGUAAUUGACAUUGAAUAUUCCGAGAUGGAUAAAGCGGAGGAGAGAGAGAGAGAGAGAGAGAGAUAGAGAGAGAGAAGCGCCGAGCAGUUUGUUGACAAAGUGUACCUACAUUACUAAAUCAAUGGCGAGACUGGCGUGAUAUACAUGUACACACACAUAUACGUAUAUAUGUGUAUGUAUGUGUAUGCAUAUACAUAUAUAUACAUAUAUACACGCAUCAUGUGUGCGUAUAUAUAUGUAUAGAUAUAUACAAAAAUAAAACAGAUAUUGAUAUAAUUUAGUGUAAGUAAAAAUGAGAGUUAAAGAAAAGACAAAUAUUCAAAUCCACCACAUUGGCAGACGCGGGGACAGAGAGGAAAAGACGAGUCAACUUCCGGCUGAGAAUAGGAAAUUUUUAGUAUAUCGCGAGCGAUGCGUUAUAGCAUCGCUCGUUCGAGAUGAUGGCAGUCAUUGACAACACAGUUUGUGAUUCACGAACCCGCGAGAGCAUCAAAAAGCGCACACCAGUGUUUUCAAUUACCGAGUCUAAUUAUUUACCAUAAUUAUGUGGAGGGCAAAGCUGUCGAUUCCUCUAUUACCGCGUGUGAAUCGCUAUCGCUUAACUGUCCCCUUUUAUUUUUCAAUCGCGUCCCAUGCCGCCAUGAUGCACGUUUUAUUAACUUACUCUCUCACACAUAGCACCAUUCUCGUUUCACGACAGUAAUGUGAGAAGUGCUGCGUAACAUCGUACGCUGUUGAAUUUUCCAUCGAUUCUGCGUUUACACAUUUCGAUACGCGUCGUUUCGAAUCUAUUCCGCAUACGAACGUUCGGGACCCCGAUAUGUGGAUUAAACGGUUUCAAAUCGUCAGGUUGUCAUGGGCGUACCCAUGCCUCCUGACAUGGUUUUCGACUGGAGUAUAACUGCGUAUGGUUUGGCCAAAUACAUAUAUGUAUAGAGAUAUAAUAAAGUUUCCGGUUCCCUCGAUCUACUAGUUAGAUAUUACAUUGAUCUCUUGCAUCUGUCAUAAAUUUCUUACGGUUUUCUUCUAUUAUGAUGAAUCAUGAUGAUUAUUAUAACAUUUCAACAACUGAAUUCACAGUUUGAAAGUUUAUCUAAACGAAUUCGAUUGUAUAUAGCGUUUUUAAUUAAAUGCAAAACCUGAUGCCAGCAAAUGUUAAACUUCGUGAUAGGAAUAUUUAAAACUAAAGCAAGCUUUCGUCGUAAGGCAGAUGAAGAAUUAUCAUACUUUCGUUUAAAUUUUCUUGAGUAAUUUUCGAAAGACACUUCGCGACUCUUCUAAAAUAAUGUGAAAUCGAUACGAGGCACACGAGCUUUCUUUGUAUUUGUACAAGAAUAUGCGAAUUCUGAUUCUUCAACUUUCUUUUUUUCUUUAUUUUAACGUUUGUCCCACUUCGUUAUUUGUGUACGAUUUAGCAUAAUUUUUAUUAUAUCUUGCGGUAUGUACCGUACAUUAAGCACACCAGCCAUAUGUAAAACGUUCAUUUUCGUAAUAAAGACAAAUUUUAUUAUUAAAUUUGUUUCGUAUAAAUCAUACAUUAUAAUUAUCUCGUAAAAACUUGAUCUCUAGGGAAACAAAUAUAGAGCUUAUUUUUU